AUGCUAUUCAAAAUUGAUACAUGUCAACCUUCUGAUACAGCUUCCCAUACAAAAACAUACCAAAACCAUUUACCUGUUAGUUUUUGUUAUAAUGUUAAAUAUAGUAAUACUAGUAAAAGUAAUCUAGUAACAUAUUCAGGUGAAGAUGCAGCAAAAGUUUUUUAUGAGAAAAUAAAAGAGGAAACUCUUUAUAUUGCAAAAAAUUAUUUAGAUGUAAAAAAACCUAUGAUAACCAAAGAACAAGAAACAGAAUUUGAAAAAGAAAAUGACUGUCAUAUAUGCAAAAAAUCUUUAAGUGAUUUACCACCAAUACUAGUAAAAAAAAAAAAAUAGAAUACUUGAUGAAACUAUUAAUUAUUGUCAAUCUGAAAAUUUAGAUUUAGAAAAUAUAGAAAAUAUAGAAAAAGAAACCUAAUAUUUUAAAAAGCGGCUUGAUGAAUUAAUGAAAGAAAAACAGUUGUUCUUUGAAGAACUGGAAGAUAAUAUAAAAAAAGGUUAAAGAUCACGAUAACUUAACAGGAAAAUAUCGAGGAGCUGCUCCUUCUAUAUGUAAAUUAAAUUUUAAGGUUCCUAGAUUUAUUCUAGUAUUUUUCCACAAUCUAUCUGGUUCUGACACACAUUUAUUCAUAAAAGAAUUAGGUAUUGAUAAAGAUAAUAUAAAGACAAUUGCAAUUAGUGAAGACAAUUAUGUAUCAUUUUCAAAAAAUAUACAAUAUAUACAUAUAGAUCCAAUUACUAAAAACCCUGUUUUAGAUCAGAAAGGAAAACCUAUUUUUAAAACAGUUGAAAUAAGAUUUCUUGAUUCUUCCAAGUUCUUAUCUAGUUCUUUAAAAAAAUUAGCUUAUACUUUAAAACCAUACCAGUUUAAAGAACUUUCUAAACAUUAUCCUGAUCAAUUAGAUUUAGUAAAAGGAAAAUUAGUAUAUCCUUAUGAAUAUAUGGAUUCUCCAGAAAAAUAUGAUGAAGAAUCUCUACCUAAUAUAGAUAAAUUGUACAGCUCUCUUACAGGCGAACAUGAGAAAGAUUCUUAA